CAUAUUUUCCCUCUUAAGUAGUAUAUCAUGCUGUAAACAUAUUCAACUUGUUUGUUCUCUAAGUUGUGACUGGCCCAUCCAGAAAGAAAAAAGUGCCCAUGUACGUGCCAUAGAGACUGUGAAACAGGAAAUUGUAUAUGAUGCAAAACAUUUACUGCAAUACUGCUGGAUUAGUCAAAGUGUGCCCUAUUCCCUGAACCCAUCUGCUGAACAAAAAACCCAGUGUCUGAACUUGUAUCAGAGGGGCAGACGGCUGACACAAACUAUAGUAAAUACCUGGGCUCUCAUCCUUUUUUCAGUAUUGAAGUAAAAUAUUGAAGUAGGCAGAGACACACAUGGGCGCGCAUGAUGAACACACACACACAGAGAGACUGACUGUGAGCACACCUUUGUUCUGGAUCUCCACAGAGUGUGAUGUCAGAGGUCAGAAAGGAUAGUGAAUAGGAGGUGUGUGUGAGCGUGUGUUGGAGCACAGGAAUGGGGCCAUUCCUCUCCAGUAUAAAUACGGGGUCCUGGUGGGGACAGUGGUAGAAAAGUGAGGCAUACACCUUCAGGGCUGUUUGAAAAGGCACAAGAGGAGUCAAACUUAUCAUAAAAGGAGGUAACACGGCAGAGAAGAAAAGGAGGAGAUAUUCACAACAAAGACUGGAAAAUGGCUGACCAAAACGGUGUAUUCAUGGGAAUGGACCUGCGUUGCCAGGUGAACAACCAUGCCCAUCGUACAGGGGAAAUGGACCUGGAAAGGCUGCUGGUUCGUAGGGGGCAGUCCUUCUCCCUCGCUCUGCAGUGCUUCACACCCCUGCCCCCUAACCACAAACUAGCCAUGAUCCUGCAUCUGGGUAAGGAGAGUGGGGUGGUGGUGAAGGUUUUGGAUGCCCGUGCUGGCAGUGACAAGUGGUGGUUCCGCCAGCAGAGGGCUCAGAAUGAGGUGCUGCUGACGGUCCACAGCCCAGCUGACACCCCUGUGGGAAUCUACAGCGUGACAUUGCUGCUCCUCUCCCCUGAUGGACACAUCCUGGAGCAGACCACACCAGAGACCUUCUACCUGCUCUUCAAUCCCUGGUGCAAAGCUGACUCUGUGUACCUCCCUGAUGAGGAGCUGCUAGAGGAAUACAUCCUGAAUGAAAAUGGCCUCCUUUACCAGGGCUCCUGGGACCAGAUCUCCUCACUGCCCUGGAACUUUGGACAGUUUGAACAAGAUGUGGUGGAUAUCUGUUUUGAAAUCCUGAACAAUUCACCUGCUGCACUGAAAAACCCAGAGAUUGACACAGCCAACCGAGCAGAUCCAGUGUAUGUGAGCAGGACAAUUACUGCAAUGGUGAACGCUAAUGAUGACCGUGGCGUGGUGUUGGGUCGCUGGGACGGGAAGUAUGACGAUGGGGUGUCGCCCACACGCUGGACCGGCAGUGUGGCCAUCCUCAGGCGAUGGCGCGAGGCCGGGGCACAGAGGGUGCGAUACGGACAGUGCUGGGUGUUCUCAGGUGUAGCCUGCACAGUUCUUCGCUGUCUGGGCAUACCUACUCGCCCUGUUACAAACUACUCCUCUGCCCAUGACACUGACGGCAACCUGAAUGUGGACUAUCUGUACGAUGAGCAGCUGGAGAGUGUGUCUGAAGGCAGGAAGGACAUGAUCUGGAACUACCAUUGCUGGGUGGAGUCCUGGAUGGACAGGGAGGAUCUUCCUAAAGGCUAUGAUGGGUGGCAGGCUCUGGAUCCCACCCCACAGGAGAGGAGUGAUGGGGUGUACUGUUGUGGGCCCUGUCCAGUCAAGGCGGUGAGGGACGGUGAUGUGGGGAUGAAGUAUGAUGCAGCCUUUGUGUUUUCUGAGGUGAACGCAGACCUGGUCACCUGGAUCGUCUACCCAGAUGGCCAACGCUCACAGGUUUCCCUCAACCAGAAAACUGUGGGCCGAAACAUCAGCACCAAGAGUGUGUAUGGAGACUACAGAGAGGACAUCACUAAACAUUACAAAUACCCUGAAGGUUCAGUGAAGGAGCGUGAGGUGUAUGAGAAGGCAGGACGUCGGAUAACGCAGCUGAAUGGGGCACCAGGGCAGCUGGAGCUGAAGAUCAAACAUGCCCAGGCCAUCCUGGGGACAGACUUUGAUGUGAUAGUGGAGGUGCACAACGUGGGUGGUGAGGACACCCCGGCCCAGCUCACUGUGACCUCCAACGCAGUCACCUACAACAGCCUUCACAGGGGGGAGUGCCAGAGGAGGACUGCCAGCCUGACCGUGCCAGCCCAGAAAGCUCAUAAGGAAGUGAUGCGUCUACGGUACGAUCACUAUGGGGCCUGUGUGUCUGAGCAUAACCUGAUCAGGGUCACAGCACUGCUCCAGGCCAGCAGCCAGCCCGAUGUCAUUCUGCAAGAGGUCAACAUCCCACUAAGCAUGCCACAGCUCCAUGUCAAGGUAGUGGGAGAUGCAGUUGUAUCUCGGAAAUUAAUUGCACACAUCAGCUUCACCAAUCCCCUGCCUAUCACCCUGAGAGGGGGAAUGUUCACAGUGGAGGGGGCAGGUCUGACUGCACCACGGGAGCUCCAAGCACCAGCCAACAUUGGCCCAGGGGAAGAUGUGAAGGUCAAGUUGUCCUUCAAGCCCACCCGUGCUGGCCUGAGAAAACUGAUGGUUGACUUUGAUGCAGACAGACUGAGGGAUGUUAAGGGGAUUGCCACUUUGAUUGUGCGAGACAGAUUAACUGUGAAUUAAGAACGUAUAUAUUUCAUAGGUAUAUUUUUUACAUGUAAACAUAUCCCUGUGAAUGCAAUAUAAAAGUGAGGUGCAAAAUAACAGUUUGGUUUGUCAUAUUAUUAUUAUUUUAUUUUUUUACCUUGUCCAAAGUAGUUAAGAUUAGCAAAGAAAGGUGGGCCUCUAAAUCCAAAACUAUAUAGCACACUAUUUAGAAGCACAUAUUGCCUAGGACCAAGAAGCAUGGAGGCAGCCUUUAGUUAUUAUGCCCCCAGCCUCUGGAAUAGCCUGCCAGAGAACCUGAGGGGGCCAAAACUG